UCGCCCGAUGCCGAAGGGACAGGCCGCGCCGGACACGACCCGGUGGUCGCCCCUCGAUCCAGACUACGGAAGACGGUGCUCGUAUGGAGGCGUCACCUUGGAAAUCGACAGAGCUGAAAGUAGCAUUUGUAAUGCGUAAAAAUCAAUUAGAAUGACCAAUACUUACCAUAAACCAGGCAAUAUCCAAACAGACAGCGAGAGACUUUCCAGGCGCGGGCAAUAAAAGUCAAUCUGUCAUGCUAUUUAGCACCGUCCUUCUCGUCCUUGCGCAUGAGUUUGGACGGGAGAUGAACAAUCACCCUCGGUUGCGGCCUCCAAGGGGCAACGCAGACACUCUACGUGUUGUAUGCUAUGCAGUUUUGCAUUCAGACCUCGCGAAUUUCCACAACGACGCCUCCAUAGGUCACAUGCGCACAAUGGCAAGUGGUCGGGGGAUUGCAACGAGCCGGACUUGCAAAAUCUGAUGGACAUUGAUGGGUUCGCCGACGUGAACGCUGACACCUCACCCCAGUCGAUUGUGGAAACGGAGCUGCAAAUGGACUACAAUUAUACGGCCUGCGUGGAAGACCGGCACGCUGCUCCGGGCGAACGCGAGGUAGAAACGCGGUGCCAGACGGGCGACAAUUUGAUUAGGUAUUCGCGGGAAGCUCACGUUUUCAACCGGAUCCGCUCGACGAUUUGCCUGGUGGGGGUCAACGAGUGGCACCGCCUCCGGAGAUAUUUGAUUGAGGUUUUCGAUCAGCAUAGUCUUCCAAUUCCGGAGGACGACGCGCCGGACCCGGAGAACCGACUGCGCCUGCAAAUAGAUAUGUUGAAGGACCAUAUCUAUCAAAUGGAAAUGCAAAUGUGCGUGGGUGGUCAUGGUCUGGGGACGAAAUGCGAAAAAUUUGUGUUGCUGAAACGAAACCACCUAUCGAAGUGGUUUCGUGUACGGCAUGAGUAGAGCAUAUUAGCCAUGUAGUUCUUGAGAAGUUUCUAUUGCCUUUGUACGCAUUCAUUCUACGUACUCGUAACACACAUGCAGGAGCAAAAAGUGGCUGCCCGUCCCUGCUCGACAGAAAAUCUCGCCAUGCUUCUGCAUGCAUCACAGACCUCCCUUCUCUUCGAAAUCUUGCAUCACAAAUCAACCUAGACCCUGACAUGAAGAUAUUUGCGAUGCAUAAUUUGGGUGACUUGAGCUCUCGCGUCUCGCCGCACUUUGCGGACUGCGUGGGCAGUUUCAAUGCGAUGGUUCGCACGGACGCGCAAGGAAACCGCAUCCCUGCCGCCCCACACCAGACCAGCAGCGGUAGCAGCCAGGGAGCUGGCGCAGCUGUUGCAGCCUCUUCUGGUACUAGCACCGGAGCGAGCAUGGUGCCGGGUUCGACUGGGCAAGGAGCGAUGAAUCUUAUCGCUAGCCAAAGCAGCAGUGAGGUUGUCCCGCCCGGAGCUGCUGGAGGCACCAGCGGCACAACAGGGUCCACUGGCACAGCAAGUGUCCCUAGUGCAGCAGCCGGGGCGGGUGGCAGCGGUCUUGCGCCCCCGGCACAUCAACCUGUGCAAGUUGGUAGCUCUCCUUACCUGCAGAGCAGCGCCCCGCUCGGCUCUGCAGACAAUGCUCUGAUCGCGUUGGCGCAGCAGUGCUUCGAAGGUGCGCACAAGGAGUGGUGUGAAGGAUUCUCGAGGCAGAGGAUUGGGCAGCUGCCAGGCGCAAAUCUAGCUCAUACUUUCACAGACGUCAGCGAGUUUCGCAAACGACUGGCAUAUGCCGUGGCGAUGAUUUUGCUGGCCGGUCCGGACGACGAGGAUAACUCCACCGCCGCACCUGCACUGGCGAGGACGAGCAGAAGGCUGAAAGCCACGGGCCUGCUAGUGAACGGCGAAAUACUGAACGAGGGCCCCAUCAGCAUGUACACGGCAGUGCACAGGCGCGUCAAUCCGUUUUUUGGCCGUGCCAAUGAUCUUGGCGAGGAACAAGAUAACGGGACGACUGCAGGAACAAACGACCCCGCAGGGGACGAUGACACUAUCAAUGCGGUGGAGGCGGGCCCUGCCGGACGAACAGGUUCGCUGCCUCGUGGAGCUCUUUUGCGGGAUCAGAGAGCCUACCGUGCGACAAUCGACAGAGGAGUGGCGCAAAACAUUUCCUGGUGCCUCCCCGGACCCGCGCUCGAUCAAGCGGCGCGCGACUACUUGUGUUACCUUUCUGUGUCGGACCAGGUGAUGGCGUCGCCAGAAAAUGGCAGCGGAGGCAUAGCUUGGCGCAAGAGAGAGGUGGCGGAGUACGGCGCUACCCUGCCCGGGGGAUUCUUGGAGCCCACCGAGUUGUGGGUUGCGGCGGCCUUGGUGUUGGGAGUGGACGUGAACCUCUACCAGGUCACAGGUGACUGGGUCAGCUCUGUUCAGCGGCUCGUAGCUGCCAGCGCUGCUCGUCCCGAAGAGCAAGUAGCCACUUCCGAGCCACAGAUUUCCGCAGAGGCACUAUCAGCAGGUCCUUCGGCCCCCGACCAGCAAAUCAUCGAAGAUGCAACUUCUAUAAUCCCGGAGCUCAUUUACCUGCCUGCGCCCAUGCCGGAAGAGGCUCAGGAAGAAGCCAGCUUAAGUUCUUCCGGUCCUCGUGCCGCCACGUCUUCUUCUUCUUCUUCUUCUUCUUCGGCCCCGGUCAGCCGAGCGGUUGUUGAUGUUGGUGGAACACCAAGCUCUACAGCUGCAGUACCGAACACAAAGAAAUCUAAUAUCCUGCUGGACGUUGGCUACAAACUUUUCUUGCGCGACACUGCCUCAGGACAACUCCGCGCGGCAACCACUUCCGACGGCGACAACGAGGACCGCCUUGUGACCCACUGCGACUACAAAGGUCUGGCUUUACCUCAAGCAAAAGAACAAAACUCACUAUCGAACAGGAAAAAGCGUUGGGCGGAGGACCACGAACAACGCCAAGAGGAAGUAGCAGUAGGACAUCGGCAGCAAAACCAAAACCAGCAAAACGAAUUGCCAUGGCAUUUUCAACGUUACGUUGAAAAUAUAAUCCUCCAGGAGAGGGCUAAGACUGGGUCUGCGGACAAUGCGAGGCCACCGGCUGCAGGAGGGCACGCAGCUGCAGGAGAUGACAGCCAGAAUGGUGCUGCAUCAUCGGACCCAAGCACAUCAAGGCAAGAAGGCGGUGCUACGACGAGUGCAGCAGCUGGAGCUGGAGCUGCCGCUUCUGCGACCACGCCUCUUCCAGUUGUCUACCCCUGGGCGGUGCAGAAUAUCCGGUAUUUCUUUCCCCAGCACCCUGGUCGGUUGUCCGGCGCAGACAGUGCGCUGCGCAUGCUGAUGUACCAGUGCCUCAACGAAGCGGCCCACGGGCGCUGGUGCCGGCCGUUCCUCGAACACAGGAGCUCGCGGCAGGAGGCCGAGCGGCUCCUCACCGACGUGCGGUAUUUCCGAAGCAAAAUGGUGGAAAAGUUGGCGGAGGUGCUGCGUGCGGGAAAUGGAAUGCCAGCGGCAGACCCCGAGCACCCGGGACGCAAACUGGUGCGCCGCGCAGACGCACGCAGCCUCUAUUUCGAAGUCGAAAUGCGUGCCCGGGACAAAUAUGGCGCGACCGGGCAGCACAUCUUAACUAAUCCUGAGUUCAGUCGGACCAUGGCGCGAGGCCAACGGGAAAACCUUCCCUGGUGCAAGAAAGAUGUCGCCUCGGAGCCUAUGGCGAGCGGGUUUAGUGAGCCUCAGCUCAAAUACCUGUGCUAUUGCUCCAUCAGUGACCUGACCGCCGAAGAAAUCCUGCAUUUUUCUGCUGCCGAACAUCAUCUUAACGGGAACCAGCCGCCUGUAUCUGGCGGGUUUUUGGAUACUGCGGAGGUUUGGACCGCGGCAGCACUCGUCCUGGGCGUCGAUGUCUAUGAAAUGCAAAUAUGUGAGGGUCUGGAAGACUGCGGGAGUUUGUCAUGCAGAUCUUUCAUACCUCAACGUCGGAAUAAUUCUUUCGCAUCACAUACUCUGCUAGGUCUUCGUCUUCGCGAUGCCUAUCCUGCAAAGGAAGCGUCCGCUUGGCAGUUUCUGCAUGUGCAGCUGCAAAGGAACAAGCGUCCGCCUGGAGUAAAAAACGUAAGCAGAAGUUUCUGGUAGUCGUGCAAGACCGAUGCUUGUCUUUGUGUGUGUCUGUAUGUGUGAACCUCAAAACGCAUCACAAGUUGCAUCCCUCCGCAUCCAGGCUGCUGGCAACAUAUUUGCAAUGCAUAAUCUCGGGCUCUACAAAUUUACAACCGAACAGCUUCGCGAGAUGGACGCGGCCAGGUCUUCGCGCACUGAGCACACCAUGCCGAAAAAUGUUCGACCAGAGAUUUUCCCGGCGACAAGCAGCAUUGAUGAACAACCUCGCGCGGGCGCCCUGCGGCUCGAUCUCGUGCGCGCUGAGCUCCACGGGUUUUAUAACGUGGCUGGGGCUCCUCUGCCGGAAGGGGAGGAGUUGGCCCAGUGGAAGCCAUUGCGGAGGAAGCGCGGGCCGCACGAAUACCGCUAUGUGCUACUGGACGCGACGAAGGAACAAAAUCAUGAACAGUUCCACAAUUUGCUGCGUCAGGAGCUUCAUGGCGAACCUACUGCAGCUACCACACCGGAGGUUGAAGAUGUCGCCCCACAUGUUGCGCAACCAGCGGCAGCAGAUGAUGUUGCAAAAGGGGUAAAACUACAAGAAACGCCCGCCGAUCUAGGAGCACCAGUAGCUGUACCAGGGCAACAAGAAAGAACAGGCGAGAUGACCUACCGCGAUGAAGAGUUGGCACCAGCAGGCGAUUCCGAGUCCUCCGAUAAUUCCGACUCCAACGAUUCAGAUGCCUCUUCGACUGGGGGUCGCGACGCCGGCCACCCGGAAGGCACUGAACCGGCGCCGGUGGAGCCAGGUGUUGGUCGUGCCGGACCAGAAGCAGAACAAGAUCAAGUCGACCCGAGGAGUCCGCUCCCGGACCACCUGCAGCGGAACAACGAGGCGGCCUACCAAGCAACGGCUUCUGCCGAGCUACCACCACCUACGCCGAGCGAGGCUCCUGUACAUCAGGAAGACCACGCCGGGGCCGAGCAAAAAGAGCAGGUCUUCCACCCCGCAGCAGCGAAUUCGCAGCCGGCUGCAACGGCCCCAGCCGGGCUGGUGGCUGAAGGCGUCGAAACCGUGGCGGAACUGACACGACCCGUGGCUGAAGGCGUCGCAACCGUGGCGGACCCGGCACCGCCGGCAGAGCCCACUCUGGCUCAGGAACGAGUGGCUACGGCGGAGCAGCAGGGUCGUGGUGUCGCCGUCCCGCCACCGAUUGUAGUUCCUGCGCCGGAAGAACCAGCAGCUGAGCAGGAGCGCCCCGCAGUUACAACUUCUGUGCCGGAACUUGCUGAUGUUCCGACGGCCCCGCCCGCCGCCGAGGAGCAGAAGCCAUUGCCUUAUCCUCUGAGCAACAAAAGCUGGGUGUUCGGAUACCAAGGUCACGGCAGUUCCCCCGCGUCUUCCGGAGACUCCGGGCUCGAGGCUUUACUCAAACAGUGCCUCGAGGAGGAGGCGCACGCAGCAUGGUGCAAGCCGAUAAUGGACCAAACCAAGAGCCUUAACUUCUCUCGUUAUGAAAGAUACUCUAAAUAUGAUAUACCUCUCAGCAAUGUGCAGAAAUUUCGGCUGGCUAUGGUGGAACAACUAGAUCUAAUUUUGCACGGGGGACCAUCUCGAACAGUGGCGCGGAACCUCGUUGCGCCCGAAGCUUAUACUCAACGGCUCAUCUCGAUCUAUGGCUGCCCGGAUGGUACCCGCACCCUGUAUGACGCUGUGGCGUGCAUCACGAACACAAGUAGUAAUGCGGAAGGUGGAGGACUCCGAAGGCUAGUGGACGUGGUGGACCAAGAUGACUUCGCAGCGACAAUAGCUCGCGGCAAGAUUCUCGGUUUGCGCGUAUCGAACGCGAAUUAUAUGUCCGGGUCCGGAAGAGUGAAAUUGUUUGCCAUGCUUGAUAUCUGGUAUGGAUGAUUUUGAACCAUGAAGACUGCCAUGCUAGCUGACGAACGGCUCCGCUCGUUUAUCAUGCGUUGUUACUUAUGCUCAAUGUCAAUACGCAGCGCAGGGCCGUGACAAAAACUUUUCAUGCUUGGCGGUACCUGAGAAGCUUCUGCGGUUUCCAAACUUGCACAACCACUUUCCAGACCCAGACGUAUUUGCGUUCGAUGACUCAAUUGCGGGAACAGCUUCUACAGGUAUCCGCAACAGUGGAACUACCUGUGUUUCUAUUCUGUCGGGGACAUAGACCUUGAGCGAGUGCCCUCUCCGGAGACUGCCGAGCAAUUGACGAGGAUGAGGAACAAAGACGGGAGCCUUUCUGGAGCCCCCCUGGGGCCCGUCGAGCUGUGGGUCGCGUCCGCGCUGGUGAUAUUCUACAGAAAAGUAGCACACCCAUACCAUAUUAGGAACUCACUUGCCCUGCAACUUUUCGUAUCGCGAGUAGGUGCCUGAGCGGCCUGCUUCGUCGUGUCUACGAUGACAAAUGUUUUGAUGGUACCCUUCUCCUUGGCUUCGCGCAUGAUCAUUACAGGCUGCAUUUUGCAUGGGAAAAGCGUGGCCCCAUACUUCUAGCUCCUUCGUUCCAGGAUUUUCACUGCAUCUUAUCAACACGUUCUUUUCCCGGUAUGCGUGUGCUUUUCCUUUUCCGUGUGAUAGGUGAUGGGCGUCGACCUGGGAGUGCACUGGUUCUACCAGCCGGAAACGGAAUGGGCGCGUAAUGAAACAUGGUGGAGUAAAACAUGGAAUGAUCCACGGACGAGUAAAACAUGGAAUGAAACCGAUUUGUGGACGUUCGGGGACGAAUGGAUGUCCUUUGUCUUACCGGCACCCGGUUCGUCGAUAUCUCCUGCUGUCACUCAGAGCAGAGAAGGACGGGGAGAAAUGCUAGAUGACCUGUCGGCUCCUGCUUCCUCAGCUGCAGCUCGCCCUCCAGAAGCACCUGCAGCCCCGGAGAUUUCAUCCAAAAAAUCGUUGAGCCUCAAGCUAGACGUGGUCUACCGUUUCGAUGAACCUCGCAAAUCCUUACAAGAAAAGCGAGAUUACGGACGGUACCACGAAUACAGGGGCCUAUAUGGAAACGGAAAAGCAGUGUGGGGUGGUGCUGUCUUCUUGUUUUGAUGAUUUUCUACUUUUGAUGCGGUAGAUAAUCUUAUUCUUGACCCAGCGUGGUUUGUUUUCGUAUUCAUUUUGGAGGUUUUGCACCUCAGACAGGUGACGCUUGUUGCAUCGCCAACGGAGAUGUAGAGUCAAGAACAGAAAAUUUAUCGCAGAAUACUUGCGAUAAAGCGUCGAGGGUGACGAAGUGACGAGCGAGGUCUUGAUCAUGUAAGUAUGUUUUUAUAGGCGUCAUCGGAGGUCGUUCAGCUUCAGCUUUCGUGAGAGGGCAGCACCUGCAGCACUUUUUCGUUUCCAUAAAGCGAUUGUGCGGGAGAGUAUGGAAAGAAAUUGGAAAGUCACUCCUUUGCUUCUGCAGCACCUCGAAGAGGAAGAGCAAAAACGAUUGCAGGCGGCGGCAGAAGAUAUCCACAGCAAAGAUGUUUGGGUCUGCAACAAGAACGCAGAUGUUUGCCAUCAUGCUGCCCGUGUCCUCUUUGUAUGACACAAUAAGGCCAUUUGCUAGCAUGCAAGCCCCCGUAGCAUCGCAGGUUUUCAGAGGAGUCGCAUUGCUUGACCCGCAUGAGAACUGUCUUCUCUUGGUGAGAAGAAGUGGGCAACUGCUUUUCGUGUCCAUGCAUGUUGAUUUUUGUGUGAUCAUCUGAAGGAAAAUGUGGGGCAGAAUUUCUCUCCCCUUGCUGGGAAUCACUACUACUACAUGCACGUUGCCAGACCCAGAGAUGUUUGCAUUUGAUAGCAAAACGGGCGCGGCGAGAAGAAGCCGCAGCCGCCGCCGCCGCGGCCUCUCUGGCUGCUGCUGCUGCAGCUUCGUCCCAAGCCACAGAGAUCGCCGACGACUGGAGGCGGCAUUUCGACCAGCAUCCCGAUCGAGAUGAAUCAGACGACGAAUACGAUGCAGAUAGGUUUGGGUCCGCACGUCCUCGAUACAAUGCAGUAGAUAUGUAUGCGUCCUCCUUCGGGCCCGUCCUCGAUUCUGACGGAGAGAAAGAAGAAGCACGACCUGCUUCGUCGAGUGACGGACGAUCCAGGGCGGCGACGUUGUCGGCUGCACCGCGAGCAGACCAGGAUUCAGAAGCAGCAAGUACAGCACAGGCAUCUCAGGAUGAUCAACCCGAGGAGGUGGAAGGAGCGGGGGAGCAACUUGUUGCUGCGCCGGAAGGGGAAAACGAAAACAGGGUCGCUCAAGAAGAACAACCGGUCUUGAUGGCGGAACCGCAGCGAGCGAAAAUAGCACGGCCGCUAACUACAACGCCGGGGCUCUCUUCCUCUGUGGAUCAAGCAGAGCAGGCCACUGAGCAGCACGCGACCUCCAGUGCUUUUCCGACCGCAGAAGUGCGCGCCGACCAGCAGAGAGAUCCGGCUGGAACCGGGCCCGUUGUGGCGCGUUUGGGUGGUGACACCGCUGCGACGUCUGUGCCUAACGCACCUCGGCGAAUCUUUCCAGGUGGUGAGGGAGAUCAUCCGCUAUUUAAGCGCCUCGGUCUGAGCCCAAAGGCGGUUCCCAAAUUUUCACUUCCACCGCCGUCUCCAGAGACCGUCGCAAUAUUACGUGCGCACAGGCGGGCACCAGCACCACCCCUACCACCAAUGCCUUCUUCUCUUGCGGCUCAAGCGCAAGUGGCUGAGGAGCAGCGCACGUCCAGUGUUUUUCCAACCGCGGGCGGGAGCUCCGACCAGCAGAGAGAUCCGGCUGGAGCUGGCGCUGCUGUGGCGGAUGUGGACCAGGAGCAGUCCUCGCGGGACGUCUCGCCUGCCGCUGCUCCCGGGGACGAUGCAGCCCCACGACCUCAAGGAGGUGGGAGGACAGAUGCUCCUGCUAGUGACGCAGAUGGAAACGCCAGUUAGGAUGCCGCGCUUGCGGGGAUCAUCUCAGGUUGAUAUUACCUCUCCGGAACUAGCAGUAGCACGAAGAUUCCUCUGUGCGCAAGAAUUUCCAAGAAUGGCUGCAAAGGACGACAGAUAUGCUGACAACAAGUCGGCACAACUACUCUUGAAGCUUUUCAACGACCACGUCCAAAGAAGUUCUUGGGCGGCUGGACAGGAGGGCGCGCGCUGACCCUCGAGGAGAUUCAAUGGGUUUAUUACUUUUGAUCUGGUUUUUCCUAUAGUUUUGACACAGUGGAUAAUGGACGCAAAUAUCGAGUGUUAGUUAUCUCUUGAUACACCGUAUUAGUAGUACCAAUAUCAUCACCAGUUCUAGAAUGUUGGCACAACUAUGUAUGAAAUCUAGCUCCAUCGUUGGUGCAGAAGUAUGGGUGCUAACAUGAAGAGAUCGCCGGCAGCACUUUUAUCUCUCUCGAUCGAAGUUUGUUUUAUUUGGUCCAACUAGUAUGCGGACAUCUACUUCGGUAAACAUAACUCGUAUUAAAGCACAAGAACUAGUGAAGCUUAUGGAACUUGUUGAUGUAAGAGAGGAAGAUAGAGGCGAAGGACCGUCGUGAUGAGCCUACACCAGUGGAGCAGAUUGUUGUGAUUGUGUCGUGUAUUUUUUUAUCUCUUCACCGCUACUUCCGCCAGAAAUUUAAGCUUUGGCGAGACAUCACCUUCUCCUAACUGAACAUAAGCUGUACAACAACUUUCGCGUUUUUCUUUUUCAGCCCUACGUGGAUAAUUUUAUAUUUGUUAUAUCAAGAUAGAAGAACAACGUCCAAGCCCUACGUGUACAAUGUAUUUAUUUCGACCUCGAAAACUAAAAGCAAAAGCGCGAGCAGUGAUAGUUAGAAAUUUCUUGUUCGAUUACAGGAGGGGCUGCAACACUGCAGCGCUAAGUACCUACUUUCGGAAGUACUUGAAAUUAGUUGUGGGCCACCUUUUCCAUUUCGAACUUGGAAAUAGUACCGAAGUCCUCUGAAGAGAAGGUGUUGUAUUGCGUUUGCACUAAACAAGGAGAUGAAUAUCAUCUGCUAUCUUCAGGAGCUGCUCACGUGAGGCUCGGUCGAAUUCCAGAAGAUGAUGAUCGCCAAGUUUUAUUUCGAUCAAAAAACUACUUAUACAUGUGUGUAGAAAAAAUAUGUGAAAAAAAUCAAAAGCACCUAGAAAUGGAACGCUUCACUUGUUUUAACUGCACUUUUUUCUAGGCAGGUGUGCAGCUAGUUAGAGCAUGAUGGACAUGAUGGUCGAGUAGUUCGAAAAUGUUUUCGAACUAUUUCCAACCGGGAGGCAAGGUUUAGUCGCGAGGAGGUGAUUGUGAAUCAUGUGCUGAAGCAAAUUAUUUCUACCUAGACAGUUCUGGACCACCCGCAACCCGGAAAAUGAUAACUUGUCGUUUUGCAAGAAUAAAGCAUCAUCUAUGUAUCGUAUGGUGUUGGCGAAUAAAAGCAGGCACAACAUGAUAUUUGUCCUGUUUCCCAGAAAAUGAAGACUCUAAGGCACCAGUCUGUCAGCAGCAACACAGCGAACUAACAGGGAGGACACGC